AAACCCAAAAAACAAACCAACCAAACAAAAAAAACCCAAACCAAAACCCAAGCAAACAGAAACAAUACAAAUAAAAAAUAAACAAACAAACCAACCAAAACCAACCAACCCCCCCUGAAAUAUCAAGUGUUUUAAAAAUAACAAGCCGCCCUUGCUACAAGCAGCAGCCCCCGGAGCAGCGCUGGCCCCGCUCCCCUCGCCCCGGCGGGGACGCCCCCCGCAGGCACGCGCCCCCCGCGCCGUUGCCCCGGCUCCGUUUGAACCGGCCACGCUCGCGCGCAGCCAACGGGGCGCCGCGCUGGGCCGUGACGUCACGGGCGGCGGGCGCGGGGCGGGCCGGCGGGCGGCAGCGCGGGCACGGGCGGGCAGAGCUGUCACAGCCGCGGGGCCGCCGGCGCUGCCGCCCUGCCCACGCGCAUGUACACGUCGCCCAGGAAAAUGAGGGAAACUAUGCCCCAGACGCCAAUAUUUUCCAGCAUGCUUGGUUCCAGUUGUAGUGGGCAAGUGCAGCCAGAUAUGGGAGAAAGGUGUGUGGACCCUGUUUAUCAGGAUGGGAACCUUGUUUCUGGAUCACUGGAGGCCUUGAUAGAGCGCCUGGUGCCCACUAUGGACUAUUAUCCAGAUAGGACUUACAUCUUCACUUUCCUGUUGAGCUCUCGAGUCUUCAUUCACCCACACGAGCUCCUGGCUAAAGUGGGGCAGAUCUGCAUUAAACAGAAGCAGCAGCUAGAAGCGGGGACUGAGGCAGAAAAGGCAAAGCUAAAAUCCUUCGCUGCCAAAAUCAUUCAGCUCCUGAAGGAAUGGACUGAAACUUUCCCCUAUGAUUUCCAAGAUGAGAAAUCCAUGAAAGAGUUGAAGGAGAUUGCUCACAGGAUCACCCAGUGUGAUGAGGAAAAUGGAACAGUGAAAAAGAUCAUUAGCCAGAUGACACAGAAUCUCCUGAUGGCCCUCUCCACACGGAGCCAGUACCAGGAAAUCAGAGAGAAAUUCCGGCAACCUGUUACCGACAAAGGCACCAUCCUCAAAACCAAGCCACAGUCAACUCAGAAGGACAUCCUGAGCGUGUGCUGUGACCCUCUGAUCCUGGCACAGCAGCUGACCUAUAUCGAACUGGAAAGAGUGAGCAACAUUUACCCAGAGGAUCUGAUGCAGAUUGUCAGCCACAUGGACUCCAUGGAUAAUCACAAGGAUAGGAUUAACAUGUGGCUGGUUCCCUUACAGUGCCGAGGCGAUGUGACCAAAACCUAUAACUUGGAGGCCUAUGACAACUGGUUCAAUUGUCUCAGCAUGCUGGUGGCUACAGAGAUUUGUCGGGUUGUAAAGAAAAAGCAGCGUACAAGAAUGGUGGAGUUCUUCAUUGAUGUGGCAAGAGAAUGCUUCAAUAUUGGAAACUUCAACUCAAUGAUGGCUAUUAUCUCUGGCAUGAAUCUGAGUCCUGUGGCACGGCUAAAGAAAACUUGGUCCAAGGUCAAAACAGCCAAAUUUGAUGUUUUAGAGCAUCACAUGGAUCCAUCCAGCAACUUUUGUAAUUACCGCACAGCCCUGCAAGGAGCUGCACAGCGAUCUCAGACUGCCAACAGCAAUCGAGAGAAAAUAGUCAUCCCAGUCUUCAACCUGUUUAUUAAAGACAUCUACUUUCUGCACAAAAUACACACGAACCGCUUGCCCAACGGGCAGAUAAACUUCAAGAAAUUCUGGGAAAUUUCAAGACAGAUUCAUGAUUUCCUGACAUGGAAGCAGGUUGAGUGCCCUUUUGAAAAAGACAAAAAGAUCCAGAGCUAUCUACUCACAGCACCCAUUUAUAGUGAAGAAGCUCUGUUCAUUGCAUCCUUUGAGAGUGAAGGUCCAGAAAACCACAUGGAAAAAGACAGCUGGAAAACACUCAGGACAACUCUGCUUAAUAGAGCCUGAGGAUUUUGGAUCUGAUCCGCAGACUUUGAAGCACAUUGAAUGAACACGUUUUUACAACCUGAAAGACUUGGACUGAGCUAAGAAAGACCUCACUGGCUGAGGUCUGUUUUGUAUAUACAGUAACUUUUAUGAAAUAAAAUGUGGUAAAUAUUUCACAUGUCAACCUUAAGGCACUUAAGUGAAGGGUUUUGGUUUUUUAUUUUAAAUAUAAGGGCAGGGCCCUGUUCUCAGAGAUGAAAUGUGUUGCGGGAGAUGGUAUCCCUGGGGAAAUCUUAUUCUAUCAGCAUCCAAAUUUUUAAUUUUUUAUUACUUCCACCAAAAUAAAAAUUAAAACACACAUCCCAACUAAAGCCAGUGUUCAGGUUAAAUACUCCAUUGGACCGGUAUCCUACAGAACACUCAACUUGUCUCUCUAGCUUUGAAGCGAAGGGUCUCCUUCAAAUCGGCGAUGCCACCCACACGUGUUAGCGAGUGUUUGUAGAGUCAAGGCCUUAGACAGCUGCAGUAAGCGCGUUCCUCUCCUACAUCAGAAAAUAGUGCCUUACAAGGUACUGAUACCGUUUAGUGUACCUUCUAUUACGCUGGACUGGAAGUAAAGAAAAUAAAAAUAUGGAUGUCUCAAAACCAGCUACAAUGUACUUUUUAAAUAAAACGGAGAAUAUGGCACAUGAAGUAGAGUAUACCUGCCUGUAACAUUGAUGGUGCAGCAAACAUAUUUUUGUUACACGAUUUGAAGAGGUAAGAUGGGGUAACUGCUGGGGGAUGUGCGUUUGUGUGUGAGUAUGUGUGCGUGCACGUGUGAAGAUGCACACAUGUCUAAGUUUUAAUACUUCUGGGAACUAUCCUUUAAAUUCUGGCUGUCAGAGUAGUUUGUGUUUUCCUUUCUUAAAAUCAGGGAUUUUUUUUGUUGUUUUGUUUAAGAGAAGGAUGUCUAACCUAGAUUAUCUCUGCAAAACAGGCUCAAUAUGUUUUUUUGGAAAAUAAAAAUCAUAUUUGAGCUAGGGAGAGGGAAGUAAACUCAGAUGUCCGAUUUGAAGUUAAGGCUAAGACUUCUGAGGAAGCUUAAGAAGAGUUCAUUACAACUGAACUGGCCAUUUAAUUCUCUUGGUUCCUUUGAAAACGCUAGUCUGCACUUACAGACAAUUAAAGCAAAGACCAACUGGUGAUGCAAGCUUCUUCUAGUAUUUUGAAAGCCACGGUUAACUGUCUGGGCCAGAACCCGUUGAAAUCUAAGGGGAAAACACCAGAAGAAAUUGGUCAAACCUUUGAACCCAGGUCAGUACCAAAAUUAGAGGUGAUCUGUAAACCUGCUGGUGCUUACCAUUUCUAAUUUCUCCUUUUAGUCUUGAGUUCAUACCUAAUUUGGCUAUCCAAACGAGCACCUGAGGAGCUUCUGUUAAGACUCAAGGUAUUCAUUUCCAGGAAAAAAAAAACCACCCCAAACCAUACUUCAAGACUUAUUGCAGAGAUCAGGUGAGAAAGUAAGAAUGAAAAAAAAAAAAAGACUUGGAUUAAAACCUCUUUCAUCUAAUGAACAAAUUAUUACCCGUGAAUAUCUGCUGUCCUUUCCAGUUGCUGUUCUCUUCAGGGUUGAGGACUGGAUAUUUGUAAAGAUAAUGACUUGAGCCAGACAGUUAGAUAAUUAUUUUUUUUAGUAUUUUACUUUUUAUACAGGGCCCUUGAGUUUACAGAGGUUACAGCCUCCCUUCUAGAGCCUUGCAGAGGACCUCUGCACAAGCUUCUUUAAAAAUUAUCAACUUUAAGUUAGAUGGUGGGUUUUUUUCUUAUUCUGCCUUCUGUUGAAGAAGGGGCAAGACUUGCUGGACCGAGGGUCUGCUUUAUUCCAGUCCAGUAGACUCUUCUCGCUGAGUGCCUACAACCAAGAGCAGUGCCACCGUUUCAUGUAGCAUCUGCGAUCACUUAGUAGAUAUUAUUUAUUGUAUUUGCCCUGCAGUAUGGUGAAAAAUUAAAGAGCCUUCCCUCUCUCCCUGUUCCAUUCCCCCCCUUGCCAAAUACUUAAAAUUAGAAGAGUAAGUUGGGGUAAGGGAGGGAGAAAAAUCAACAUUUUGCUAUUCCCAUAGCAUUGACGUCAAAGAGAAAAAGCAAGUUACGCCACAAAGGAGGAAGUAGAAGAAUACUAACUGUUAACAAAAACAGCCCAGAAAGGGGGAAGGAAUAAUUCUUAUGAUCUGCUGCUAUUUUUCCUGUGCUGAAGUACUGACCUUCAGCCAUGGAUUAGAGUAAGAAUAUUUAUACUGUAUUAUUACAGUGUUUUGCACUUUCAGAGAUGUUCUAGCUAGUAACAUUGUCGGACACUAUAAGAAGGAUUGUAUAUCAGCUUUGUUUAUGUAAUUGAAAUUUAAAAGGGAUGCUUAAAAUUUAAGAAAAAAUAUAUAUUUGAAAUGCAAUUUUAGAACACUUUCUGUAAAUGUAUAGAAAAGCUUUCACAUGAAUGUGCACUUCACCAGUCAAUCAGUCCUCGUAUAUACUUGAAAUCAAUGCAGUAUCCACAUUGGUUCCUUUUCUUUUUCCUCCCUCAGUUUGAUACAUUCCUUAAAUACUGUGUUUUGCUAUUCUGAGCUGAAAUGCUAAAUAUAAAGCUGUACCAUAAAGCAGGAUAUUCCGUGUUUGACUGGAUGUGCUUGCAUUAAUAAAAAAAAAAAAAAAAAAAGAAAAUAA